AUGGCGAGGUCGACGGUCCUCGCGACCGCGGUGACGGUCAUCUCGCCCGCGCGGGACAAGUGCGCCGCCGCGGUGUGCGGCGCGGACUGCUCUCUCUCCAGGAGCUGUUCCUCGAGCGACGCGAUCUCGUCCUUCAGGCGUCGCUUCUCCGCGCUCGUCGUUUCGACGUGCGACGCGCGCGCGCGCUCGAGCUCCGCGAUGCGCGCGUCUUUCGCCGCCGUCGCGGCGGUCAGCUCGUCGUGCGCGCGCGUCAGCGUAUCGAACCGCGCCUGCGCCGCCCCCAACGACUCGAUCGCGGUCGCUCGCGUCGCGCGCAGAUUCUCGAUCUCCCCUCUCAGCGUCUCCGCGUGCGACACGCACGUCGUCAGGAGCUCCGCCUCGGGGGACGCCGCGGGGACGCGCUCCUCCGCGGCGGUGGCCGCGUCUUGA